AUGAAUGGUCAACAAUACGCUGUUCCAAUUCGGCUCGACCCUCCCAAGUUGCCCAUGCCCAACAAUGCUGUAGAAGUCGCUCCAGAACUUCUUCCCACUCAUGUAUUUACUCAUGUAACUCAACAGACCACGAUGGUAACAUAUUCUUUUGUUAAACUUAUGUUUAUAGACCUUGAAUGCUGUCAGACUUCAGAGAGAAGCUUGUUUCAAUCAGAUGCGGCACGAUGAACAAGAAUAUCUGGACAGAACGCGACUGAUCGCUCCGUUAUCAAGGGUAAGAGCUACUUGUAUUAUGUGUUUUUAAUUAUUCAAGAUAGUUUUGAUUAAUAUAACAUAUAUUGCAGUUGCCUGUGCCAAAGGAAGUAAUUCUGAUAUUGGAGAUCCACGCGAACGAACUGUCGUAUUUGAUAUCCAAACAAGACGUGUGGGGUCGUAUGUUGUGGAAGUUGAUGUACGACAUCCAAACAGACACAAAAUGUCAGAUUAUGUUAGCCGAUCAGAUUUGCGACCGAGAAAAGUCAGAGUUCAAUCGGGUAUGUUCAUAUUGGGUAAUAAAGCCUGUAAAUUAUAAUUUCAGAUAUGAUAAAUGAUAUUAUUAAUUCCCAGUAUAAUAUUAAAAUACCUAUUUCACAUAAGUUUAAAUUUAGAUAACAAUCACCGGUCCUGUGGAAACCGUCGACUGUGCCAGAGAUCGAUUAUUCGUAGGUUAUGUGUAUCAGGCCGUUUACCGUGUUAUAGGAAGUGUUACCCAUUCAAAUUGGAAUGAAACUGCAAGGAAUAAAGCCAGAAUUGAAUAUCAACAUCAGGGAACAGGUAGCGGAAUGGAUCAUGGCUCAAAUUUUCAAUUUUCCAACAAUAUCUUUGCACUUUGUUCUGAAUACGAAACGCGAUUCAGAUGAGAAAACUAUGGUAAUCGUCUUUUCAUGAUUAAUAUUGUCUUUAUUGCACUGGUUUUAGAUUUUGUAUUAUAGGUAAUAUUUUAGUUUUCGUAUGUUGUGUUCAGAGCAGCCCCACAUGACGAAGACCACCUUAUCCAAGCGACCAAGAAGUUUGCUGAUCUUGUUUUGCAGGAUGUGAGUAGAUGUCUUAUUGAUUGAAUUAAAUAUAAUGUACUCUAAACUGAAUAUUAACUCUUUCAUUUUCAGCCUACUCAAGCUCAAUUCUCUGAAGGUUUUGUCAUCCCCAAGAUCAACAGAGAAUGGUACAUUGGUCCUAGCGCUCAGCUGAUCAAAAGCAUCUCAAAACGCUUCAAUGUCAUGAUCUCUUACCCACUGGUUACCACACCAGGCACCGAGCAUAAUUAUAUUAUUCAUGGAGACGUCGGUCCGAUCAUUCAGGCGUCCAAAGCCUUCAGGGUAAUAUUAUAAUUCAAAUUUAAAUUAUGCAAUAGAUACAUAUACUUUAUAAGAAGCAUAGACUUUCGUAUUUUACUUUACAAAAACAGCAAAAAUAGCAUAUUACUUUAUCAUCAAUUUCAAAUUUUAAUGUUAUUUUGUUAAUUUAGGCUGUCUCUCCAGUGUCGUUGACAUUCGAUAUUGAGGAAUUCGAACUCAAGUCGGCAUCGCUCAAGACGAAGAAGCGUGAAGUCGACUACUACGAUGACAAGAUGAAUGUGGUGGUAUCUUUCAGAAGAAGUCCUUAUGAAGGUGACUUUGUGAGGUCAGACGAAUCGCUGAGGCACAGGAUAACAAUAUCUACCUCGUACGAGAACAAGCAAAUGUUGUACGAAGCCAGGAAGAAGUUGUUGAAGGGAUCGCGGGAAAGUUCGGACAGACCUAAACUUAUGUUUGGAGAUCAACUCAAGAACAUCUUGUCAGCUUACGCCAGAGGAAACAGACAGCACUACAAAUCAGAUGCUAAUUACAACUAA